CUCAGCCUCGAUCGAUAGCCUCAAAGAACCAGAGGCAAAGGAUAAGUUGGAGGGAGUCCUUUGUUUGAGAUCUUCUCACUGCCAUCCUGAUUUCCGAUGGUGGGUGUUCCAGGUCGCUCCAAAGCAUGUCGCACCUGCAGGAGGCGCAAGAAAGGCUGCGACUUAGAGCAACCCUCGUGUGGGCAAUGUAGAAAGGCCUGCAUACCUUGCGAAGGUUACUCUACUUGCUUAACUAUAUAUCGUUACAAUUACGAACAAGGUCCGGAACUCUCGCAUUCCAAGGCAGAAGCCGACACUCAAAGCAGCCUACUUUUCAUCCCCAGGACUAGGGUUUCACCAACCAAGGCAGAAUCGCCUUCGUCGGUGACUGUCAUGGAUCAUGUCACUUUCUCCCAUGCAGCUUUGGAAUAUGGUUUCGAAGGGAUGUUCUGGGACUCCUACCUGCCAAACAGGCGCUGCUCGUCCUUAUUUGAUUAUAACCAGCGUACCCUUGGAGGUUCUAUCAGCGUAGUGAGAGACCUGCUUCCUACCAGUGUCCUGCUUCGCACUGCACUUGGAGCUAUGGCCCUUCGAUCGGCGGCCAGCACCAAUAACGACCCACACUCGACAAAAGAACAGGCAAUGAGGCUCCAUGCAAGUGCGUUGCAGCAGAUGAGAAAAUUGGUCACCACCGACAACAAAAAUGGCCUCGAGCUUCUCAGUGCUACUCGGGUAUUUAGCUUCUACGAGGCGUUGUAUGGAAGCGACUGGGCUGACAAGGGUGAACAUUAUCGCAACUGGAGUGUACAUAACUUUGGCGAUCUCGCACUGAUGGUCUCGAAGCCGCCGAAUUAUUAUCGCACGGGUGUUGCACAUCGACUCUUCGUUGACGGCCGAGUCAAUCUGGCUCUUCAUGCACUGACAACUCGGAAAGGGUCCAUCUUGGGACAGCCGCCCUGGCUGAAUGAUCCAUGGGAGUACCACCCAAAGACUUCUAAAGAUUUGUUAGUGGACAUCAUUCUAGAAAUUCCCUCUUUGUAUGAGGGCAUUGAUGAAUUGGAAAUUAAGGAGCGCUUUGACUCCAACUCGCGCCAAGCGCUGCAACAAGCGGCAUAUACUACCAUUGAUCGCUUACUACAAUGGGGCAACAGAUGUGCCUGUCAAGUGGUAUCCUCACAGCCAUACUGGCAGCAUCCGCCUCCUUUCACGACUGAGGAAUUAACCGGGGUGCAUCUCAUGACUUUCUACUGGGCCACGCUUAUUAUCGCUCAUGACGCAUAUCAGAAAAUCUCAAAUGGGGAGCCACAUGACCUCGAUAUCGAUGCUGACGAGUGUUCUCGCAACAUCAUCCACUGCAUUCCGUUAUUCCUUCACCCAUCCACAGGGAUUUUCCGCCAGCAUCUCAUGCCCUUCCCAGCAGUGACGGCGAUUCGACAUUUAGACUCGGUACAACCAUCAUUAUUGCGACCAGAGCGUGAGUACAUCGCAUCGAUUUCCGGGGCGCCUGAGCUUGCUGGAAUGCGCAAGUUCAUGUCAAGUCUGCAGCCGCAUCUAUUCACGGGCGUUAAAGAUACAGGCAUGGAGCCUGAAAGAUAAGGAGAUUGGGAACUGGCCAGGUUUCCUUUUCAAGUUUAAACUCCUAAGCCUUAUUCUGUACCACUGGCCUUCCUUAUUUAUUGUACUGGUGGAACCAGGUGCUUUGGCCGUUCAAGAACAAAGGCGUCAAGACAACGCUAGAACCAAUCGUUGAUAAUUUGUCCAAAAUACGGAAUUCAGAAAAG